UCCUUUCUAUGGAUGAAUGCGAGUACGAACGGAUGUGGAGCAAUAAGUCUGCAUAUUCGUUUAUUUACACCAGGAUUUAUGUCCAUCUCUCCAGAAAUAUAUGGAUUAUGCGAAUGACGCUCAGAACAGCCCACAAUAUCUAAACCGGGUUACGAUGAUCUCAGUCUUUAUCGUUAUGUGAUUGAAUUUGCUUCACAAAACAGCGUUAUAUUUGUAUUGCCGAAUAACCCUGAAAUUAUUUGCAUCGCGACUCUUCAGAGCACGAACAUGGAUGAAGAUAAUCGAGUGCCUGAUGAUCUGUCAGUUGAAGAAAAAGAUGAGCUGUCAAACAUCAGACGGAGAAAAAAAGAGCUCCUAGAUGACAUUGAGCGGUUAAAGUUUGAGAUCACUGAAGUCAUGACCGAGAUUGAGCAUUUAACAUGUGUCAGAGAAAACAAAAGUACUCAGAGGAACAAACAGAUUGCAGUCGGAAGAAAGAAAUUUAAUAUGGAUCCUAAAAAGGGAAUCCAAUUUCUUUUGGAGAACGAUCUUCUGCAACACACACCUGAGGACAUCUCGCAGUUUCUCUAUAAAGGGGAAGGCCUAAACAAAACUGCCAUAGGAGAUUAUUUAGGGGAAAGAGAUGAUUUCAACAUUAAGGUUCUACAGGCUUUUGUGGAGCUUCAUGAGUUUGCAGAUCUUAACCUGGUUCAAGCUUUGAGGCAGUUUUUGUGGAGUUUCAGACUUCCCGGUGAAGCGCAGAAGAUUGAUCGAAUGAUGGAGGCUUUCGCUGCCCGAUAUUGCCAAUGUAACCCAGGUGUCUUUCAGUCUACAGACACGUGCUACGUUCUCUCAUUUUCUGUCAUCAUGCUGAACACCAGCCUGCACAACCCAAAUGUUAGAGACAAGCCCAGUGUGGAGAGGUUCAUCUUAAUGAACCGGGGCAUCAAUGAGGGUGGAGAUCUGCCCGAGGACCUGCUCCGAAAUUUAUACGAGAGCAUUAAAAAUGAGCCUUUCAAAAUUCCAGAAGAUGAUGGGAAUGAUCUAACCCACACAUUCUUCAAUCCAGAUAGAGAGGGGUGGCUGUUAAAAUUAGGUGGGAGAGUGAAGACCUGGAAGAGGAGAUGGUUCAUUUUGACCGACAAUUGUCUGUAUUACUUUGAAUAUACAACAGACAAAGAGCCUCGAGGGAUCAUUCCACUGGAGAAUCUCAGUAUAAGAGAAGUCGAGGAACCAAGGAAACCUAAUUGCUUUGAGCUCUACAACCACAGCCACAAGGGGCAGGUAAUAAAAGCAUGCAAGACGGAAGCCGACGGGAAGGUGGUGGAGGGGAAUCACGUGGUGUACAGAAUAUCGGCGCCCACCCCCGAAGAGAAGGAAGAGUGGAUUAAAUCCAUCAAGGCGAGCAUCAGCAGGGACCCUUUCUAUGACAUGCUGGCCACCAGGAAGCGGAGAGUGGCCACUAAAAAGUGAAGCUGUGUAAAUGUUGAACCUUGAGCUUGGGUUUUAACUGAUCAAUCUUUACACAGACCCUUCUGAUCUUACAGGUGACAUAAAAGUGCUUUCAGAGUUAAGGAGGAAGUAGGACAAUAGUGUUAAACUUAAAUUGUGAUAUUCUAAAGGAUGUGUGCUAAGAAGAUUCUCAAUUGAAAAAACAAUGGAUAGUAUGGAGAAUGUUUGAUGGUGCAGUUAUAUACUGUUUUUGUGUCUGUCAAAAACGAACUUCAAAAAGUGAUAACAUAUAAAACUAUGCUACAAUAUCUGCAUUAUUUCAAAUGUGGGUCAAAAUUACAGUGAGUGGCGCCCCCUGCUGCCUACAGCAUGAAUCACAAAUGUUCAGGUAUGUUACUUAGAUUCAGAUUCAGUGUAGAAUUUUAAAGUGGUUAUGCAAUUUCAGUGUACAUUGUUUUUUAAACAUUUCAAGUUUUAUUGUAGUGCUGUUAAAUACUGUUCUAUGUAUUCAUUGCAUCGAUCGUAUAAGAUGUUCUCAUAGCCAUUUAAAUCAGCAGGACUGGUUCUAUUAAUUCCGACACAAGUAAUCGGGCAACAUUUGUACAUUCUAUUUAUUUCUUUUGUUAUAAGGUCUUUAAAAGUAUUUAGAAAUAUGCUGUAAAACGAACAUUUUCUUAUUUUCCCUCAAUAUGCUGGUAAUACUUUGUGUUCUCAACCAUACUAGAAAUUCUACUUAAUUUUAUUUAAACAGUUGCUGAUGUUAAAACAUUUGUUGUAUUUUGGAACAUUUGUAAAUCUGUUAUGUUUGAUUCUUAUACAUAUGCAUCAAAAAGGCAAUGAUUGCUUUUUUUUUAUCUAAAACAGGCUCUUAAAUGUAGAUUGUUUUCUUUGGUCUGUAAGAUAUGUUAUUGUUUAAUGCAAAAACAAUAUAAUACAUACAAAUAAAGUAAUCCAGCCCUG